AUUAAUAUUGUGAAAGAAGUGUCAUAAAAUUAACAAUAUGAUAAAAUUUAUAUUAACUACACUAUUUUUAUUGGACGGUGCGCUUGCAGUUAUUUACCAAUUAAAUGAAACUGAAUACAACAAAAUGCCUCCGAUGUUUCGUCUGGAUCCGUACGCGCCGUGCGUGCACGAGCCCGGCGGUGUGUACUGCGCGGUAGAGUUCACGCUUGUCGCCGAUGAAGACAACCCGCUGCUGACUAUGAUUCAGGAAUAUUCAGCGAGAAGAGAAAUGCACUUCAAUCAUUCAAGAUUACAUCGCGGUAUUUGCGUCACAAACACUUGCAAAGAUUACCUCAGCCAGAAUACAUCAGCAGACCUAAGAUUGGUCCUUGAAGGAUGCCUUAAUGAUACUCUAUGGAAAGAAUAUAAACUUAAAAGCAAAAUAUCAAGUGAAGUUCUUUGUAAUGAUUUGGAUAACAAAAUGGAUAUAGAUUAUGGUGACAUCGCCGUAGCUGUUAUUUGCCUAUCUAUCUUGUUGCUCCACGUUAUCGGAAACCUCUACGAUUUCUGCUAUGUUCCUAACAAAGAUCGGAAAGGAAACAAAUUACUUUUAUGUUUCUCGAUUAAACGUAACUGGAAGAAGUUAGUUGCGCCACCAGCCUGCGGCCCGGAUACACGCCUCAAACGUCUUAAAGGUUUCAACGGAUUACGAUCUCUGUCAAUAAUUAUAGUCAUCAUGGAACAUUCUUUGUUACCAUUUGUAGUUAGUUCCGAAAAUUCACAUAAUUUUGAAAUCAAAUAUUACAACAUAAUCUGUCAUUUGUUCAUCGAUGGAACGCUAGUAGUUCAGACAUUCUUCUUAAUGUCAGGCUGUCUCUUAGCCUAUAAUUUAGACCUGUUAGCGGAGAAGAAAAACAUAUCCUGGACCAUGAUACCAAAAGGUAUCAUCUUGAGAUGGCUAAGAUUGACACCAACGUACGCUCUCGUUCUUGCUGUGACGACGACAUGGCUGAGAUUUGCUGGAUCUGGGCCAUUAUGGCAGAGCACAGUCGGCGUGGAAGUGAAGGACUGCCGCCGCGACGGCUGGCUCAACCUGAUCUAUCUCAACAAUUACAUCGACGAGUCACAGUGCAUGCCUCAGACGUGGUAUAUUGCCGCAGACAUGCAGCUGUACGUGGUUGGGCUCAUAAUCUUCUCCCUGGUUACGUCUGGGGUCGCGAGGCGUGUGAUCCUCACCGUGCUUUUUGUGGUCAGCCUCAUCAUCCCCGCCUGUCACACUUACUUUCAGAACUUGGACGCUGGAUUGGUCAUUUCUCCAGAGUUAGUUCGUGACUAUUUCGUUAAGGAUCCGACGUUCAAUCAUACCUACAAAAGAGGACACACUAACUUGGCCAGCUACAUAAUGGGACUCGGUCUUGGAAUGUUAAUCUAUCACUUGCAGGAGAACGACUUCAGUUUUGAGAGAUUUAAGAAAUAUAAAUAUCUUUACUGGGCUACAGUUCCAGCUGUGCUAAUUAUUUUGCCUUCAGGAUCUUUCUUUUAUUUCUACGAAACUGAAGCUCCUAUUAUUUUGAAAGCAAUAUUUUCGGGAAUAGCUAAGCCUGUAUUCUCAUCCAUUAUAUGCAUCAUUGUUUUGGGAAUGGCCUUUAAAUUUGAAGAUGUGUACAGAGGUAUAUUAGAAUGGAAUGGUUGGGCGUCACCCGCCAGAGUCUCCUACUGCACCUACAUUCUGCAUGUGCUCUUCGUCAGAACUUUAACAGGUUCACGAACGACUUUGAUGCACGUUUCUAUAGCCAAUGUUCUUUUAGUAUGCCUGGGAACUGUUAUGAUGACCUACUUAGUUGCCUAUCCGUUCUAUUUACUGGUAGAAGCGCCAUCGAUUGCUUUAUCUAAAAUAAUCUUACCGGUUGCCAAAGUGAAAAAGGACAUCGAAAAUGAUCCUACAAAGUGGGAAAGAAAUCACGCUUAGGGCUGCUGUACAUUACAUGUCAGACAGCCGACAGCGGUAUCUUCGACCACCGUCGUGCUGAAAACGAGAUUUCAGCGCCGACUGCAAACUGCGGUAUUUGUACUUGUCAAUAGGUGCAGAUGAUUGAAACAG